AGAAGAGGAGAGAGAAAGAGAGAGAGAGAGAGAGAGAAACUUCAGAAGCCGCAGUGAGAGGAUCGCCUGUUGAGAUGAUCGUUGCCAACCCCACAGCAGAAACACAGAUGGAGAAAGAAAACCAAGACAUCAGCGCCGAGGAGCCCAAAUCUCCCGCUUCCACACUCAGUCAGCGGGAAUCCAAGCUGCAGAAACUGAAGCGAUCGCUGUCGUUCAAGACAAAGAGUCUGAGGAGUAAAAGCGCUGAUAAUUUCUUUCAUCGAACGGGCAGCGAGACAAAGCUUCAGGUGGAACUACUGCCUGGAGUUAGCUCCAGCACCGGACAGCUCCCAGGCUCAGAGAGUCAGACAUCCACCCCAACCAAAACCCAAAGGCAAUCUGAGAACAGGACGCAUUCCUUCCAGGAAUACAUCUUCAAGAAACCAACUUUCUGUGAUACCUGCAACCAUAUGAUCGUUGGCACCAAUGCCAAACAUGGGCUGCGUUGCAAGGCCUGCAAGAUGAGCAUCCAUCACAAAUGCAUUGGCAGUAUUGAGCAGCAGAGAUGCGUGGGCAAACUGCCGAAGGGAUUUCGACGCUACUACAGCUCUCCGCUUUUAAUACAUGAACAGUAUGGGUGCAUCAAGGAAGUCAUGCCUAUUGCUUGCCGAAGUAAAGUUGACCCAGUGUAUGAAGCACUCCGGUUUGGGACAUCCCUGGCUCAACGAACCAAGAAGUCUGGUUCAGGCAGUGGAUCUGAGUCACCUCAGCAUAACUCUGCUUCUGAUCUUGCUGAAGUUCCAGAGAAGGCUGAUGGUCCAUUUGGACUGUUGAGUUUAAGCAGAAAGCUCAGUGAUAGCGUAUUUGGGUCAGUGGAAAAUGGGUUGGAAAACAUAUGCAACGAAGAAAAAAAAGCUCUCCAUUCCCCGCUGAAAGGAUUAGAACAUAAAGAUACAUUACAGCUCUACAGCUAUGUAGCCUUGUAUAAGUUUGUACCACAAGAAAAUGAAGAUCUGGAAAUGCAGGCUGGAGACAGGGUUACUCUGCUAGAUGAUUCUAAUGAAGAGUGGUGGAAGGGUAAAAUUGAAGACCGAGUGGGAUAUUUUCCUGCCACCUUUGUCCAAAGGGUGAUGCUGGGUGAAAGGAUCUUCAGAUGCACCAAACUAUUCACAGGCUGUAAAGAACAAGGAGAGAUAAAUGUAAAGGAAAAUCAAAUCUGCGUGGACAAGGGUGAGGAGAUUAAUGGCUUCAUCAAGGUGUGCAGUGGGAAGAAGAAAGGCUUUGUGCCACUUGAUAUUCUUGUUGAUAUCUGAUAUUACAGCUGAUGUGUGCAGUGAAGGUACUGGUCGUGGUGCUUGCCAUCCUUGUCUCACGUUGUCAACAAAGAUGAACUGUCUUUUGCACCAAUGCGGACAGUCGGAUUGUGCCAAAAGUGAACUUCAAAGCAACUGAGGAGUUUCACAACUUCUCCAGAAAACACAAAUCUGGGGGAAAUGCUGGAAACCUUCUAACGCCUCUCCCAGAUUGGUGAGAUGGAUCAGUAAUCCAUAUCGUUUCAUGUAGGGUUCGGCAAUAUCCCAACCCUAUAAAGUCUACCAAAAGGCAAGAAUGGUGAUUUCAAUCACUAUGCCGUCCAUUUGCAUUUUACUGGUCAUCAUCCGCUAGGAAGCCUCUCUAAACAGAAGGAUUUAAAAACAGUUUGCGUGUUAUCAUAGAUUAUGCGCUACACCAUGUGUUUUCAAAUGGCAGCUGUUACUGUAGCACGUUUGCUGCUUGUGUUAACGUGUGAAUAUCAUGCAGUGUGUGGACUGGAGCGUGCCGUAGAUUAACUGAAAUU